CAAAGAGAAGGCCGGCGAAUUUCCUGAGCUGAGCAACAAGAGCUGGCUUUGUGACUUUGCGUUUGCUGUGGAUAUAUUUUCACACAUGAAUGAACUGAACGUGAAGCUACAGGGGAAGGAUCAGUUAGUGCAUGACAUGUACACAAACGUGAAAGCCUUUAAAUCCAAGCUGGCUUUUUUCUCCAGGCAAAUUUCGAAUAAGUUAUUCACUCAUUUUCCCACACUAGCCACGCUGGAAGAGGCCGGCGCAAAUGUGAAAAAAUACAGCGAGUCACUGGAUGCGCUGCACAGAGAAUUCUGCCGUCGCUUUUCUGAUGUUGAAAAAAUUGACAAGUCACUUCGGUUGGUGGCCUGUCCCCUGUCACAAGAUCCUGAAACAGCACCAGAGGAGCUACAGCUGGAACUGAUCGACCUUCAGUCUGACCCCAUCUUAAAAGAGAAGUUCAACUCUCUUAAACUGAAUGACUUUUAUGCUUCACUUGGUAAAGAGGUGUUUCCAAACCUCCGGAGGACGGCACAGAAGAUGCUGGCGUUGUUCGGCUCAACCUAUUUGUGUGAACAGGCGUUCAGCGUCAUGAACAUCAACAAAGCCAGCCACAGAUCCAAGUUAACUGACCAACACCUCAGAUCCAUCCUGAGAAUCGCCACAACAAAACUAAAUCCAGACUUUGAUGCGCUGGCUAAAAAGGGAGACCAACAACACUGUUCCCACUGAAAUUAAAAAUAAGUUUCUUCGUUGUGUGAUGUAAAAAAUGCAUUUGAAAAUAUUUUUUUCAAUAAGCCUUACAUGUUACAUGUCAUUUCUGUUAAGUGAUGGACAUGAGUAGUGCGCAGGUGCACGUAUGUUCUCAAAAUAAAAAAUACGCUCCAGAUCAAAUAACGCGCUCCGCAUACUGGCGCGCUCUCACUGUUCUG